UAUUCUGGGCAAGAGGAAGGGUUUUUUUCCGAGGUAGCUGCCCCAACUCACGAUUCCCACCGCAUGGCUCUUGUGUCUUCCAUAAACCUCAACCAUGUUCUUCCAUAAACCUCAACCUUAAUGUUCUUGGACUUCCUCAACGGAUAUGUUAGCCUCGAAUCACCCUAACUGGCAUGUCCAAGUUAUCUGGGAGGGAUGGGGAUCGUCCUCCGACGGGGUUCUGAAGCUUCACGCUGCCCUGAGCCUCAGCGGCACCAAAGUUUGCUCAGCUUCUUACAAGUUUCUUCCUCGUUGUCAAAACUGGAGAUUUCUGCGAGGAACUCCUCCAAGUGCGGGCGGACACCGGGGGAGGAGAGAAGGGGAGGAAAAGGCGGCGCGCAAGGGCCCCCUUGGCACAGUUGCCUGGCGCCUCCGUGAGGCUCGGGCCGUUCCCCCUACGACUCUUCGACUUGUCAGGCGGCGGCAUUCGGCGGACUGCCCGGCGUUUCACCCGCCCUCGGCUCCCUCCCUCUCCGGUCUUUGGUGGUGGACUUAAGCGCCCAUGGCAAUCGCCGCCUUCAGUCACCUGCGGAACGCAGUCGGAAGGCAGCAGCUCUGGAGGCACAGCUGUCUAAGGACCCCCUGGGCACCUCUCCCUUUUGCCCGUCGUAGCAGAAGCGAUCGCGGGAGCAGAGAUGAACCGCGCCCUCCCUCCCUGAAGGGAAACUACUGGCAGCUGUGCGAGCGGGCAGCCCGGGAGCCCGGCCCUUUCUGGGGGUCUCUGGCACGGGAGGCGCUGCAAUGGGACACCCCGCACCACACCGACUGCGAGUGGGAUUUCGCUCAGGGUCGGAUCCGCUGGUUCUUAGGCGGUCGGUUAAAUGUGGCGGUUAACUGUUUGGAUCGGCAUGUGCAACAUACACCAGACAAAAUAGCUUUGAUUUGGGAAAAAGAUGAGCCCGGUACUGAAGAAAAAAUAACUUACAGGGAACUUUUGGACAUGACUUGUCGCCUUGCUAAUACCUUAAAAAGAAAUGGUAUAAAAAAGGGAGACCGAGUUGCGAUCUAUAUGUCUGUAUCUCCAAUGGCAGUGACUGCCAUGUUAGCUUGUGCCAGAAUUGGUGCUGUUCAUACAGUUGUUUUUGCUGGAUUCAGUGCAGAAUCUUUAGCAGGAAGAAUAAAUGAUGCUAAAUGUAAAGCAGUGAUCACCUGUAACCAGGGAAUCAGAGGAGGACGGAUCCUAGAACUGAAAAACACCGUGGAUGAAGCUGUAAAGAAUUGUCCAAGUGUCAAGUGUGUUUUUGUAGCCCAGAGAACUGACAACAAAACCCCUACAUGCAGUCAUGAUAUUCUCCUUGAAGAAGAGAUGGCUAAGGAAGCAUUGGUUUGCCCCCCUGAAAUUAUGGACAGUGAGGAUAUGCUUUUUAUGCUUUACACUUCAGGAAGCACAGGAAAACCUAAAGGAAUUGUUCAUACUCAGGCUGGCUAUCUGCUUUAUGCUGCUGUAACACAUAAGCAUGUUUUUGGCCUCAAACAAGAUGACAUUUUUGGUUGUGUAGCAGAUAUUGGUUGGAUCACAGGACACAGCUAUGUUGUUUAUGGACCACUUUGCAACGGAAGCACCACAGUUUUGUUUGAAAGUACUCCUGUUUAUCCAGAUCCAGGUCGCUAUUGGGAAACUGUGGAAAGAUUAAAAAUUAACCAAUUUUACUGUGCUCCAACUGCAUUACGUUUGUUGCUGAAGUAUGGGGAUGAAUAUGUGAAGAAAUAUGACAGAUCGUCUCUUACUACUCUUGGAUCAGUGGGGGAACCAAUAAAUCAUGAAGCUUGGCACUGGUACUACAGUGUGGUAGGAGACAAAAGGUGUACCCUUGUGGAUACUUGGUGGCAAACAGAAACGGGUGGCAUUUGCAUUGCUCCUCGGCCUUCAGAAGAAGGAGCUGAGAUUAUUCCAGCUAUAGCAAUGAGGCCUUUCUAUGGAAUUACCCCAGUGCUAAUGGAUGAGAAUGGAAAAGUUUUAGAAGGCAAUGAUACCGCUGGUGCUCUCUGCAUUGCACAACCCUGGCCUGGUAUAGCACGGACUAUCUAUGAAGACCAUCAGCGUUUUGUAGAAGCUUAUUUCAAAGCUUACCCAGGGUAUUAUUUCACAGGCGAUGCUGCUUAUAGAACUAAGGAAGGCUAUUAUCAGCUAACAGGGCGAAUGGAUGAUGUCCUAAACAUCAGUGGACACAGGCUUGGAACUGCAGAAAUUGAAGAUGCCAUG